AUGCCCGGUGCCAAGCGCCGCGCGCUCAAGAAGCUCCUCAAGCCCGAGUCGACCGAGUCCGAGUCGCCCGUCAACGGCACCUCGACGUCUGCUUCGACCACCGACGACUCGAGCGUCAGCUCCGUCCCCGUUCCCGCUGGGCAGCAGUCGGGCGACUCGGCGUCCGACGUCGCGUCCUCGCCCACGCCAGUGUCCACGUCCCCGCUCGCUGCGGCGAUCGCGUCCUCGGUGCCCGUGGCAGCCGUAGUCGGUGCGCCUGUGGCCGGCGGUGGUGGGAUGUACGGCGGGAACCUCUGGGGCGCACAGCGCGGAGGCAAGAAGAGCAGCAAGCAGAGGUUUGCGGAGAGGCAGGCCCGCAAGAAGCAGGCCAUCCUCGAGUCUGCUCCCCCGACCGACCCGGGAUGGAACGCCCAGCUGGAAAAGGAGCGCCAGGAGGAGAUUUCCGUCAUUGGCAACGCGUGCGAGGUGCUGAACCGCGAGAUCUUUGAGAUCCAGCCCGAUGGACACUGCAUGUUCGCUGCUGUUGCGGACCAGUUGGGGCUCAUGGGCGUGUUGCCCGCCCACCAGCCGGCCCCUGGCGUCGUUCAUAUCGCUACCACCCGCCCAUUUAUUACCCUGCUCAAGCACUUUGCUAACGUACAGUCCAAUAACCCGUACCACACCCGCCGCGUCGCCGCCCAGUACAUGCGCGACAACCAGGCCGACUUCCUUCCCUUCCUUGCCAGCGUCGACGGCGAGGACAUGCCCGGUGCCACGGACGACGGUCUCAUGACCGAGGACCAGUUUGGAGAGUACUGCCACCGUGUGGAAGGCACUGCCGAGUGGGGUGGCGAGCCAGAGAUCCAGGCGCUGUGCCGUGCAUUCGACGUCCCAAUCCACGUCAUCCAGCGUGGUCCUCCUACUGUGGUCUCUCACGGCGGCGCCAACGACGCGUUUGGGGGAGCGACGACGCCCGAGAAGAGCCUCGACUGCGGAGAGCGCGUCGUGCGUAUCUCGUACCACCGCAGGAUGUACGGUCUCGGAGAGCACUAUAAUUCGCUCCGCCCCGCCACGUAG